CAGUGAAGGUUGGAGCAACAAAAAAACCCCCAAAAAACCCAUGUUUGAAGCCUUCCAAAUCUCAGCUCUUGGGGAAUCCUCGUCCUGGAGUUUGCUCAACCUGGUUGGCUUACAUGCACCGUGGCCUACGAGGUCCAGCUCCUCAUCCUGUGCGCAGAAGGGAAAGGGAGGCCGACUUGGAGAGGAUGAAAGAGGAGAGCAUGUGCCCAGACUCACCGGAGGGCAGCCUGGGGACCAGCGAGGAGGAGAGUGAGAAGGUGCCCAAGAAGAGCCUUCGGAAGAGGAGCCAGCUGGGUAAACCCUUGACUUCAGCCCCUCCAGAGUACAGCAGCAGCCCGUUGCCACAGGGCAAGCGCAGCAAGCGCAGCCCUGUGUCCCAGACUUUUGAGGACAUGCACACGCAGCGGGUGAUCGCCAACGUGCGGGAGCGUCAGCGCACCCAGUCGCUCAACGACGCCUUUGCUGAGCUGCGCAAGAUCAUCCCCACCCUGCCUUCGGACAAACUCAGCAAGAUCCAGACCCUCAAGCUGGCUGCCCGCUACAUUGACUUCCUCUACCAGGUCCUGCAGAGCGACGAACUCGACCACAAGAUCUCCAGCUGCAACUACUUGGCCCACGAGAGGCUCAGCUAUGCCUUCUCGGUCUGGAGGAUGGAAGGGGCCUGGUCCAUGUCGGCAUCCCACUGAGGUCCAACAAGCAGGCAUCCUCAGGAAGAAAGCUGGAGACCCCCACGCUUUUUGCCUUUCCCAAGAGCAGCGAGACACAUUUAUUCAGAAAGUCAGGGCCUGGACCAUUCAUGCUGCUUCAUCGCACUCAAGAUACCAUCAGCCCUGCCAUCUUGGGGUGGGGUGGGGAGACUGGGGAAGGAAAGACUAAGGCCAAUCCAGGAUUGAGAGGGCAGGUUUUCCGUAUUUGCCUUGGAAUGAGCUGGGCACCAGAUGAGGCAGCGGCCUGAAGCUUGGCUCAUAGCAAGCUGAUCUCAACAGGUCUACGCAGAACUCUUUGAAGAGCUAAUUUAUUUUUGAAGUUGCAGGUUUAAGAAUUCCUUUUCUUUUUAUUAGACCCUCCUGCCUGACACUCACAAUUCUUGUAUAUUUGGCAGUAACCUCCCAUUUCCUCAGAGAUAGAUCUGCUCCCCUCGACGGCUUUUUUUCUUUUCUUAUCAGACUGUACAGAGACAGCUGCUUUGCCGAAACCAUAGUAAUACUCUGAACCCCGAAGGACAUAAAUGCUCUCGUGCAACUUUCCUUCUAACUUCAGCCAAGGCUUAAUUUCUGAUCAGAGAACUGCUUUAAAACCUUGUGUCUCUCUCUCUCUCUCUUUUCCCCCUCCCUCUCCCUCCU